AUGAGCCAUACAAAAUUUAGAAAAAUCCCAUCUCCAAGUAUAAGGCAUAUAUCCAGUCGAAGAGUUAAUACCGUUACAAGUGAUAGACAAGCAUUAUUAGAUAGAAAUAAUAUAGAUGUUGAUUAUCAAUCACUUGCAGGUAUAUCUACCAUACCACUUACCAAAAAUAUAAGUUCUAGAAGUAGUAAUAGUCCCAAUAGUGUACCUAAUAAUAAAGAUAAUGGUGAUGUAGAAUCAAUAAUAUAUCGAUUUGGUGUACCAACUGAAAUGAUACAUACUCAUUCAGCACUUCAAACUGUUUAUCCACCGGUAGAUGAUGAGUUUGAUAAUUCAAAUGCUCAUAAUUAUGUUCCUGGUUCUGCUCAAAAUCUAGAAGGAUUACUGUGGAGUGAAAUACUUCCAUAUUAUUUACCAUUUCUAUCUUGGGCAAAACAUUAUACUCCAGCAUUUUUCAUUGGUGAUUUAAUAGGUGGAUUAACUUUAGUAUUUUUCCAAUUACCUUUAUCACUUUCCUAUGCAACUUCAUUAGCUCAUGUGCCUGUAUUAUCAGGUUUACUUGGAUUAGGUAUAUCACCAUUGAUCUAUUUAAUAUUUGGUAGUGUUCCACAAAUGAUUGUGGGACCAGAAGGUCCAAUUUCAUUAAUUGUAGGUCAAGCAGUAGAACCUUUGUUGCAUCAUUCCAAUAAAAAGGAACUUGAUCCAUUAGAAUUCGUUGUAGCCAUCACAUUUGUAAGUGGAGCAAGUUUACUAGGAUUUGGAUUAGGACGUUUUGGUUUCUUAGAUAAUGUUUUGAGUGCUUCCUUAUUAAAGGGUUUCAUUAGUGGUGUCGGAAUUGUUAUGGUAAUUAAUGCUUUAGUUGUGGUAAUGGGAUUAGAAGAAGUUCUUAAAAAGAUAUCUGAUGAUCCUACUGAAAUGGAUAUCCAUUCACCAUUUGAUAAAGUCAGAUUCUUAUUGGCCCAUUAUAAUGAAUUACAUGAACUUAGUUUUAAAAUUAGUGUAAUUGGAUUUAUAAUAAUCAUGGCAAUAAGAAUAUUCAAGAAAUAUGCUGCAAGAAAUACAUCUCAUAAUUCAUUUUAUGAUAAAGCAGUAUUUAUUCCUGAAAUAUUAAUUGUAGUUGGUAUAUCGACCUUAUUAAAUUCGACUUAUCGUUGGGAUCAAGAAGGUGUAAAAAUCAUUGGUAAGGUACAUAGAGGAGGUGCCUUAAAGUUAUACAAUCCCUUUACUAGAAAAAUGUGGCCUUUAAUUAAGAAUUUAAGUACUUCAGGAUUCCUUUGUGCAAUGUUAGGUUUCUUUGAAUCUACUACAGCUUCUAAAUCUCUUGGCUCAAGAUAUGACUUACCUAUUUCAUCUAAUCGUGAAUUAGUAGCUUUAGGAUUUAUCAAUAUCAUAGGAUCAUUUUUUGGUGCAUUACCAUCAUUUGGUGGAUACGGUAGAAGUAAAAUUAAUGCAAUUUUUGCUAAAUCAACAUUACUGGGGGGAGUAAUGGGAAUUUGUACAUUAUUCACAGUAACUUUCUUACUUGAUUACUUAUAUUUUGUACCAGAAUGUAUGUUGAGUGUUAUUACUGCAGUAAUCGGUAUUCUGUUAAUUGAAGAAGCUCCCUAUGAAUUAUUCUUUCAUUGGAGGGCUAGAGGAUAUAAUGAAUUAGUCACAUUUGGUGUUACAGUUUUAACGACAUUAUUUUUCUCAAUGGAAGGUGGUAUUGCCGUAGGAUUGAUUUAUCUGUUAAUUAGAGUUAUAAGACAUUCCGCUCAAUCCAGAAUUCAGAUCUUAGCUAGAUAUCCUGGUUCAAAUACAUUUCUUGAUGCUGAUAUCCCUGAUACAGCAUUAGCACAUUUUAAAAAUACCCUGAGUGAUUUUGGUAAUGAACUUGCUGAAAAACUUAGAGUUCAAAAAUUUAAUUAUUUUGCUGAUGAUAAUUUUACUCAUUUAAAUACUCAUGUCCUUGAAGAAAUUGAAGGAUGUUUGAUUAUUAGAAUUCCUGAACCAUUAACAUUCACUAAUAGUAGUGAUUUAAGAGCUCGACUUAAGAGAGUUGAAUUAUACGGAUCAACUAAAGCACAUCCUGCUCUGAAACCUUCAAGAGAUUCAUCAAUGACUCAUUAUAUUAUUUUUGAUUUGAAAGGUAUGACAGAUUUAGAUUCAUCUGCUAGUCAAAUCUUAAAAGAUUUAAUUUUAGGGUAUAGAAAUAGAAAAAUCCAUUCAUUUUUUGUAAGAGUUAAUAAAAAUGCCAAAUUAAGAAAACGAUUAGUUAAUACUGGUAUUUCUGAUUUACUUAUACAAGAUUUAAAGGAUUUAAGAUAUUUUGAUUCUCAAAAGAGACAAGCUUACAGUAGAAUGAAGAGAAGACGCAGUUUAACAGAUGAUGGACCAGAAUUAAAUUUUGAAGAUGAUUAUGAACAAGAAGUAAUUCCAAUCGAUAUAGAUGAAAAUUCAGAAAUUUAUGAUCUAAUUGAAAGUAAUGAAGAACCAUACUUUGAUCAUAUUAGUGAUGCAUUAAAAGUCAUUGACUUCUAUGAAGUCAAUCAACAAACUAGAGCAAGUGAGUAUCUCGAAGUGGAUCAACAUAUAAAGAGAAGAUCAAGUCUUCCAGAGUCUUCACUAGUGUAA